AAAUCUGUAAACCCUAGGCGUGGAUAGGGCACAGGGCAAGGUGGGCGGGCGGGCAAUGGCGGCUGGGUACGAGCGCGAUGGCUAUGGCGGCUACGAGGACUCUUACGACGAGCGGCCAGACGACGCGCACCCGCCCGAUUACGUCCCCGACUAUGUCAAGUCCUUCGUCGGGUACCUCUACCGCAGCAUCCGCGAGAAGAAUGUCUACGAGGUACACCAAAUGUAUGAGAGCAGCUUUAGCAAGCUGAGCGAGCGCUUCUUCUCCAAGUCGCACUGGCCCUCGGCGGAGCUCGUGGCGCCCUACGUCGACAACGAUCACGUCUUUUGCCUCCUCUACAAGGAGAUGUACUACAGGCACGUCUACGCCAAGCUCAAUGUCACCUUCCAGGAGAGGCUGGAAUCCUGGGACAAUUACUGCAACCUCUUCACGGUCAUCCUCCAUGGAAACGUGAAUAUGCAGCUGCCCAACCAGUGGCUCUGGGACAUGGUGGACGAGUUCAUCUAUCAGUUCCAGGCGUUUUGCCAGUACCGGACCAAGCUCAAGAACAAGACCGAGCAGGAGCUAAGCUGGCUCAAGCAGUACGACGAGCAGGUGUGGAAUGUCUAUGGUGUGGCGAAUUUCCUCCAGGCUCUGAUUGACAAGUCGGAGAUUCUGCAAGUCCUGGAGGAGGAGAAGGACGGGGCGGUGACGGCCUUCAGUGCCAACGAUGGAUAUGACUACGAGGGUGGCAGCAACGUCCUCAAGGUCUUGGGAUACUUUAGUAUCAUUGGGCUUGCGCGGGUGCACUGCUUGCUUGGGGAUUACCACACGGCUCUCAAGCGCCUCGCUCAUAUUGAUCUCACGCAGCACGGAGUAUACAGCUCUGUGAUCGGCUGCCACAUUACCGCGGCGUACUACUACGGGUUUUCGAACAUGAUGAUGCUGAGGUACAUCGAUGCUAUCAAGACUUUUAACCAGGUGCUUGUGUACAUCUCCAAGACGAGGCAGUACCACCAGAAGUCGUCGCAGUUUGAAUGGAUCCUCAAGAAGAACGAGCAGAUGUACGCGUUGCUUGCGAUCUGCCUGUGGUUCUGCCCCCAGUGGCACCUCGUAGAGUCCGAGAAUGCGAGGAGCGAUUCUCAGAGGAAUGAGACCGUGACUCACCAGCUUAAGGAGAAGCGUGGGGAGAAGUUAUCCAAGAUGCACAAGAACGACGAGGCCGCUUUCGACGAGUGUUUCUCGUACGCUUGCCCGAAGUUUAUCUCUCCAUCGCUACCUGACUUGAGUGACACCUCUGGAAACUACAGCCAGGAAGCAUACAGGCUGCAGCUGAAGCUCUUUCUAUCUGAAGUCCGACAGCAGCAGCUCCUGAACAAGAUCAGAAACUACGUGAAGCUUUACACCACGAUAUCUAUUGCAAAGCUAGCCUCGCUUGUGGAGGUAGACGAAGCCACGCUGAGGAUGGCUUUGAUGACUUACAAGCACAAGACUCACUACAUUGACGACGAUGGCAGCGUAGCAUCUACCGCGGACGUCGAGUUCUACAUUGACGAGGAUGUUGUACACAUAGCAGAGCCGAAAGUUACCAAGCGUUUUAGCGAGAUCUUUGUCCGCCACAUUCUCAAGUUCGACGAAUUGGUUGGGGACCUGGAGCGUGUCGCACUAGAGUGAAAGAUAGUUGUGACGCGUAAAAGACUUUUUUGUUGUUAAGAAAAGAGAUGACAUGUUCUGGCAGUGCCAUUUGUAUUA